AUGAGUUUGAGACAACGACCACCUCCCCCCCGUGGACCACCCUAUGGCUCGGCCAAAGGUUACAACUCCCCUGCCGCCUCCAACGGCUUCACCGGAGGAGCGGCGCCACCACAACCCUCCGCCCAAUACAACAUCAUCCCCCUGCACCCCUCCUUCCCAUUCCCAGAAGUCCGAGCCGCCGAAGCUGCCCUCCGCACCUUGGGAGGCCUCCGCAAGACCCCCAUGGACGUAUGGCGCGAUGACAUGGACCUUAUGGACUGGCUGGGUGGCUUCUUCGGCUUCCAAAAUGACAACAUUCGGAACCAAAGAGAGCAGCUGGUACUCCACCUAGCCAAUGCCCAAAUGCGCCUCCAAAACCCUCCCGGCAGCUUCGACUCCCUAGACCCCACUGUCGUCCACCGCUUCAGCCUGAAGCUCCUCAAGAACUACACCUCCUGGUGCUCUUACCUGGGACACAAGUCCAAUAUCGGGAUACCCGAUAGCCACCGCGAUAGCUCCGCCGCUGACCACCGCCGUGAGCUUCUCUACACUUCCCUCUACCUUCUCAUCUGGGGUGAAGCUGCCAAUCUCCGAUUUAUCCCCGAAUGCAUCUCCUACAUCUUCCACCAUAUGGCCAUGGACCUCAAUCGAAUCCUCGAAGACUACAUUGAUGAGACCACUGGUCGACCGGUUCUCCCUACUAUUUCAGGCAAAGACGCUUUCUUGGACCGUGUUGUCACCCCUAUCUACAAUAUUAUUCGUGCUGAGGCUGAUUCUAGUAGGAAUGGCACUGCUCCUCACUCCAAUUGGAGAAAUUAUGAUGAUAUUAAUGAAUUCUUCUGGAGCCCCCUCUGUUUCCAGCGACUCAAGUGGCCGAUCAAUGUUGGCAGCAAUUUCUUUGUGAUUUCUCAGCGUAAAGGUGUGGGUAAGACUGGGUUUGUUGAGCAGAGAUCGUUCUGGAAUUUGUAUCGCAGCUUCGAUCGGCUUUGGGUUAUGCUCAUACUAUUCUUUCAAGCGGCCAUUAUUGUUGCUUGGGAGGGCACCAGUACUCCUUCGGGCGCGUUAAGCAAUCGUAAUGUGCAGGCAAGAUUGCUUACUCUGUUCAUCACCUGGGCGGGUCUUCGAUUCCUUAAGUCGCUGCUUGAUGUUGCUACCCAGCACAGUAGGGUAUCCAGGGAUACGAUGUUACUUGGGGUGAGAAUGAUUCUGAAGUGCGUUGCUGCCUCGGGAUGGACUAUUGUGUUCGGCGUUCUCUAUGGAAUGAUUUGGUCUCAGAGGAAUCAGGAUGGGAGGUGGUCUGCCGAAGCAAAUCGAAAGCUGGUGAAUUUUCUUGAGGCUGUCCUUGUGUUUAUCAUGCCAGAGCUGCUUGCAUUGGCUCUGUUUAUUCUGCCAUGGAUCAGGAACUUCCUUGAGGAGACAAAUUUUAAGAUCUUCUAUGUGUUAACGUGGUGGUUCCAGAGCAGGGCCUUUGUGGGUCGUGGCCUCAGGGAAGGGCUUGUGGAUAAUAUCAAGUAUACCCUGUUCUGGGUUGUGGUUCUGGCUUUCAAGUUCACCUUCAGUUACUUCCUCCAAAUCAUGCCCAUGGUAGCCCCAACCAAAGCUCUUUUGAAUCUCAGGAUCGUUGAUUUCAAGUGGCAUGAGUUCUUCAGUAACACGAAUAGGUUUGCUGUUGGACUCUUAUGGCUUCCUGUUGUCUUGAUCUACCUCAUGGAUCUGCAGAUAUGGUACUCCAUUUUCUCAUCCUUUGUUGGGGUUAUGGUUGGGUUGUUCUCACACCUGGGUGAGAUUCGGAACAUGGAGCAAUUGAGGCUUAGAUUCCAGUUCUUCGCAAGUGCGAUGCAGUUUAAUCUAAUGUCGGAAGAGCAAAUGUUAAGUGCCCGUACGCUGGAGAGAAAGUUCCAUGAUGCCAUACAAAGAUUGAAGCUGAGAUAUGGGCUGGGCAGGCCCUUCAAGAAGAUUGAAUCUAACCAGAUUGAGAUGUACAGGUUUGCACUGCUGUGGAAUGAAAUAAUUGAAACAUUUAGGGAAGAAGACAUCAUUAAUGACCGUGAGGUUGAGCUUUUAGAACUGCCACCCAACUCUUGGAACAUCAGGGUCAUCCGUUGGCCUUGUUUCCUCCUGUGCAAUGAGCUGCGUCUUGCUCUUAGCCAGGCAGACGAAUUGGUAGAUGCACCUGACAAAUGGCUCUGGAGGAAGAUUUGCAAGAACGAGUACAGGCGGUGUGCAGUUAUAGAAUCUUAUGAUAGUAUUAAGUACUUGCUUCUUAGGAUUGUCAAAGAUGGAACAGCGGAGCAUUCAAUCAUUAUAAACUUGUUCCAUGAGAUUGAUCGUGCGAUUCAGAUUGAGAAGUUCACGCAGACGUACAAGACUACUGCACUGCAGCAGUUACUUCUCAAGUUGAUAACCCUUCUUGGACUCAUUAACAAGCCAAAGAAUGAUAUGAGCCAGAUGGUGAAUGUAUUGCAGGCCCUAUUCGAGGUUUUCAUUAAGGAUUUCCUGAAGGUGAGGAGGACUAUUGAGCAGCUGAGGCAGGACGGAUUGAUGCCUCUCAGGCCAAACAAUACCAGCACAGGGCUGCUAUUUGAGUAUGCUGUGGAGUUGCCUGGUGCUGAAAAUAAGUCCUUUUAUCGGCAGGUACGGCGUUUGCAUACAAUUCUCAUCUCUAGUGACUCAAUGAACAAUGUUCCAAAGAAUCUUGAGGCAAGACGGCGUAUUGCAUUCUUUAGCAACUCCCUCUUCAUGAACAUGCCCCAUGCUCCCCGAGUUGAGAAUAUGUUGGCUUUCAGUGUCCUUACUCCUUACUACAAUGAAGAAGUCAUUUACGCCAAAGAACAGCUGAAGAGUAUCAACGACGAUGGUGUGUCUAUCCUGUUUUAUUUGCAGAAGAUUUAUGAUGAUGAGUGGAAGAACUUUAUGGAGCGGAUGCGAAGAGAGGGGAUGGAAUACAAAGGUGAGAUAUGGACAACCAAGCUCAGAGAUCUCCGCCUUUGGGCAUCAUACAGAGGUCAGACGCUAUCACGCACGGUAAGGGGAAUGAUGUAUUACUACAAGGCUCUCAAGAUGCUUGCCUUUCUUGAUUCUGCAUCAGAGAUGGACAUCAGAGCAGGUUCACAAGAACUAGCAUCUCUUAACUCAACGAAGCUUGAUGGUUCUAUGAAUGACACAAGUAGAUCACCAUCUUCCCGGAAUCUUAGCACGGAGAGUAGUGGGGUGAAUCAAGGCCAUGAAUAUGAGACUGCUAUGAUGAAAUACGUAUAUGUGGUCAGCUGCCAGAGCUAUGGGGCUCAAAAGAAUAAAAAAGGGAAAGAUAAAGCGAAAGAUCUUGCUAUCGCCGAAGAGAUUUUAUAUCUGAUGAAAAACAAUGAAGCCCUCCGAGUUGCUUAUGUUGAUGAAGUUGAAACAGGGAAGGAUCAAAAGGAGUAUUACUCUGUCCUUGUGAGGUAUGAUACUCAAUUGGAGAAGGAGAUCGAAAUCUACCGGAUCAGGUUGCCUGGUCCUUUCAAGCUUGGAGAGGGUAAGCCAGAAAAUCAGAACCAUGCCAUUAUCUUCACUCGCGGUGAUGCAAUUCAGACCAUUGAUAUGAACCAAGACAACUACUUUGAGGAGGCUCUCAAAAUGCGGAACCUGUUGGAGGAAUUCAGGACCUACUAUGGUAUCCGUAAGCCCACAAUCUUGGGAGUCCGUGAACAUAUCUUCAGUGGUUCUGUUUCUUCACUUGCUUGGUUCAUGUCUGCUCAAGAGACAAGCUUUGUAACCUUGGGACAGCGUGUUUUGGCGAACCCUCUGAAGGUGCGAAUGCAUUAUGGCCACCCAGAUGUGUUUGAUAGAUUCUGGUUCCUUACUCGGGGUGGCAUUAGCAAGGCUUCCAGAGUAAUCAACAUCAGUGAAGACAUAUUUGCUGGAUUCAAUUGCACAUUGCGGGGUGGCAAUGUGACGCAUCAUGAAUACAUUCAGGUUGGUAAGGGAAGGGAUGUUGGAUUUAAUCAGAUAUCAAAGUUUGAAGGGAAGGUUGCAAGCGGCAAUGGUGAGCAGGUUUUGAGCAGGGAUAUCUACAGGUUGGGGCAUAGGCUGGAUUUCUUCCGGAUGCUCUCAUUCUUUUACACCACAAUUGGAUUCUAUUUCAACACAAUGAUGGUGAUCUUGACAGUCUAUGCAUUUUUGUGGGGCCGCCUUUAUCUUGCUCUAAGUGGCAUUGAAGCUGCUAUGAUGGAGAAUUCUAACAAUAACAAAGCUCUUGGCACAAUCUUGAAUCAGCAGUUCCUCAUCCAGAUGGGUCUUUUCACUGCCCUCCCAAUGAUUGUGGAAAACUUUCUUGAGCAUGGAUUUCUUAAAGCAAUAUGGGAUUUCUUGAUGAUGCAGCUCCAGCUUUCAUCUGUCUUUUACACAUUUUCUAUGGGUACUCGUACGCAUUUCUUUGGCCGGACCAUCCUUCAUGGCGGUGCAGGGUAUCAAGGAACAGGGCGUGGUUUUGUUGUGGAACAUAAGAGCUUUGCUGAGAACUAUAGACUCUAUGCUCGUUCUCAUUUUGUGAAGGCAAUUGAGCUUGGGGUGAUACUGACUGUUUACGCUUCAUACAGCACCAAAGCAAGGAACACUUUUGUUUACAUUGCCAUGACAAUCUCAAGUUGGUUCUUGGUAGUGUCAUGGAUCAUGGCUCCCUUUGUUUUCAACCCUUCUGGCUUUGAUUGGUUGAGGACUGUGUAUGAUUGGGAUGAUUUUUUGAACUGGAUAUGGUAUCAUGGUGGGGUGCUCACUAAAGAAGAGCUAAGCUGGGAGACAUGGUGGUAUAAGGAACAGGAUCAUCUGAGGACUACUGGUCUUUGGGGGAAAUUGCUGGAGAUAAUUUUGGGUCUCCGUUACUUCGUUUUUCAGUAUGGGAUUGUAUACCAGAUGCGCAUUGCCGGAGGAAACACCAGUAUUGCUGUUUACUUGCUGUCUUGGAUCUACAUGGUUGUCGCGGUUGGAAUUCAUGUGAUAAUAUCACACGCUCGAGACAAGUAUGCUGCGAAAAAACACGUCUACUACCGCCUGGUUCAGCUCCUCGUCAUUGUGGUCAUAAUUCUUGUGAUCAUUCUGUUGCUGGUGUUCACCCCUUUUCAAUUUCUGGACAUUUUCACAAGCUCAAUGGCAUUCAUUCCUACAGGUUGGGGCCUUAUAUCCAUUGCUCAAGUACUCAGACCCUUUUUGCAAUCUACUGUGGUGUGGGAGACUGUUGUUGCCCUUGCUCGUCUAUAUGAUAUAUUGCUUGGAGUUAUUGUUAUGGCUCCUGUGGCACUACUCUCAUGGCUUCCUGGGUUUCAGUUUAUGCAAACAAGGAUCCUCUUCAAUGAAGCAUUUAGCAGAGGCCUCCAGAUCUCUCGUAUUCUGGAAGGAAAAAAAUUUAAGCACGGGAAGUGAAGGGGAAGGAAAGUGAAAUCACUCUCGAAAAGAAAAAAAUGUAAGUUUGUUAGAAAAUGACAAUCGUUAAAAAUGAAAUACGUUCGGUUUUGAUUUAA